AUGGCCAAAAAGCGCGCUGCUGACGCCAGUUCGACGAGCAAGAAGGUUGCUAAGAGCAAUGCAAAAUCAACUGGUGAAUACAAAAAUGAGAAGAAGAAGCUAAAUGAUGUGUUCAAAUCCUUGAAAGGGCAACCUACAACCACUGUUCCCGAUCGAACAACACUCAAGGCACCCAAAAACGAUGCCAAAGAAUCGUCAUCCUCAAGCAGCAGAUCACGAAAGAGCGAGGUGUAUGCUCAGGUGCCCGUUUCUGGCACCGCUCGUCGUAGAACCGAGGACAAUCUCCCUGUCUACACCAUCGAGGAGCUGAACAUCGGUAAGUUGAAACCAGAAUAUAACAAAUGCUCUUUAAUGAUACUAAUUCAAUCACAGGGAAGGGAGGAGGCACUGAUCUGUGCCCGUUUGAUUGCACGUGCUGCUACUGAUGCUGUAUGCCUCUGGACUACUCCUUACACAUUCACGUAG